UUAUAAAAUUCUUAGAAAAUGAAUAAACAAAUCUCACAAGUUAUUUAAAACGACUUGAGUCGUUUAUUUUGAUUCAUGCUGAUUAUUAAAAUUCUCAUGAAAAAUCAUUAUGUGUGAGUGUGAGUGGAAUUGAAACGAUUUAGAGAAGAGAUUAGAUGGAAGUGGGAUCGAGAAGACUCUUGGGAGUUCAAUUGAAGGUGAGGUAUUUUAUUGUUACUAAGCUUGAGCUAAAAAUUAAUUGUUUUAGAGCAAAUACAAGACUUUUUAACUGAUAGUUAUUUAGAAUUAAGAAAAAAGCGCGAAUAAUUCUGACAGUCUACGCAAUGUUCAGCACCUUGCACCACUUGGUAUCAGAUAUCACUCACAACAUGUACAUUUGAACUUUAAUUAUUAUUUAUCACCGCCUGUUACUCGUAUUGACGUUCAAACAUGGAUGCAAAAAUCAAACAUAAGUAUCAAUAAUCCACCUGUCUUGUAUCCGGCACCUUUCUGCUGCUUAGGAAUUGUGUCGAUGGGUAUUUGUGUCAAUUACAGGGAGACUGAAACCUUUGGUGGAUUAUCCGGAAUGCUGCGUCAAAUACUAUCACCUUCACCGGAGACUGGAGAUAGUUCUUUUCUAAACUGCUGCAAUCUUCAGCCAGGCAGCUAUACCAGUUAUCCAAGCAUGCUGUCUUCAAGUGUCCAAUAUAUUGCUCCAGUAUCUUCUCCAUAUAUUCAUCCCUCCCAUCCUUCUGCAAUGACAUCUCUUGAGCAAGUAUCCUCUUUUGAGCAUCUAGAAGUUCACACCGAGUCACAUCCCUGUUUGAGCUGUGGUCUUGAUUUCCGCAGUGCUCUUAAACUUAACUAUCAUCUACGAACACAUCACCAAAUUAAUCCUAAUGAGAUUCGUCGAAGAUACGAUGCCAAUAUCAAUGAGAAUAACAAUCAAAUCAAAUUUUCUUGUUCAAUAUGUGGAAGAGUAUUUCCUAACUUGGGUUACUUACGGAUGCAUGAAAGCUCACAUACAUCGUUGAAUUCACCUCAACCAAUUCAAGCUAAUGUGAUUAUAGCUAAUGUACCAAUGAUGUCACCAUCAGAAUCGAAUGAUCAAACCUUCAACUGUGAUCAAUGUCAAGCAAGUUUUCGAUAUCGUACACUUCUUGAGCGUCACAAAAAGAUACAUAUGACAAAUCAAGAUAAGCCCUACAGUUGCUCACGCUGUCCAAUGCGUUUUGAAACGCGAACUUUAUAUAAUCAUCAUGCGAAGACUCACAAGUCUGUCAAUCACAUCACACCAACUUCAGGAAUAAUAAAUACUACCAGCAAUAUGAAUCACCAUUCCACAUCAACUACCUCAACGGUGAAUGCAACAAUUGAAAAACCUUUUGAAUCUCCAGUGUCUUAUCCUUGUGAUUCAUGUCCGAAGCAAUUUCUUACAAUUGAAUCUUUGACAAGUCACAAGGCAAUACAUAGAUCUCGUCCACUGGUUUGUGAUGUUUGUGGCAAAGGAUUUACUCAUAGAAAAUAUUACGUCGUUCAUCAACGCAUUCACACUGGAGAAAGACCUUACCUUUGUGCUAUGUGCGGCAAGUCAUUCACUCAAGCAUCGACGCUCACCGUACAUCGACGCUAUCACACUGGCGAGCGACCCUACACCUGUACUCUCUGUGGAAAAGGAUUCGUUACGCGUACAAUAAUGCUCAAUCACAUGAAGAAACACUGAGGAAAAAACAACCUCAUUAUAAUGCAAUUAAUGUCACGUUGUCGCUGUGAUAUUUGUUUUUUUUUUCUUAUUUUUUUAUUAAUAUCGAUUAGUUGAGUAAUAUUAAUAUUAAAAUUGUUAAGUAGAUUAGAAAUUGGCCAGAAACUAUUGUUGGAAUAAUUCCAAGUUAAACAUUUACUGGCCGGCCAAUGUUAUUGUGCCUUUUCAAUCGAGUUUAAUACUCGAGUACCGCGGAUUCGCGAAUUUUUCAAAAAGAAUUCAAAGUGCCUUGAUAAUUAUAAAUAGAGCCACUUGUAGAAUCUUUCAAGUUGACUCUGAUCUUAUGCCAAGUUCACAAAAGAACUUUAUAUUGUAGUUGACUUUAGGUAGAUAUAUUAUAAUCAAGUUGCCAAGUUGGCUAGUAGGUUCAAAACAGUGAUACUAUACUAGUUUAAUAACCGAUCGUCCGUGUAAUCGUUUCUUAUUGAUCAUUAUUAUAUUCUAUGUUAUUUGAUGUAAAACAACAAAAACAAAUCCGUGCCCUGCAUUUAACUCGGUCGUUUCUCAUACCGUCUAUAUUAAU